AUGGCGAAAUUAUUUAUUUUUCUAGUGUUUUCUUGCUUUGUUAUCGUUGCAUCCUUCGUGCAUGGUAGCCAUGCAGUUCAAUUCACGGUCACGAACACCGCCUUGGGCACCCCGGGUGGAGACCGGUUCAGGGCGGAAGUCGGGGCUCCAUACGCGAGAACAGUAUUAAACUCUUCCACUACUUUCAUUUGGAGGCUCUUACAGGAGAACGCUCCGGCCGACCGGAAAAACAUUCAAACAGUUUCCAUGUUCGUGGACGACAUGGACGGAGUUGCUUACACAAGCAACGACCAGAUCCACGUCAGCGCCCGGUGGUUUCAAGGUUUAACCGGUGACGUGAGACGGGGGAUUUCCGGUGUUCUAUAUCAUGAAAUGACCCACGUUUGGCAGUGGAACGGAAACGGGCAGGCUCCCGGAGGGUUGAUUGAAGGAGUUGCGGAUUAUGUGAGGUUGAAAGCCGGGUAUGUGCCGAGUCAUUGGGUUAAACCGGGUCAAGGUAACCGGUGGGAUCAAGGGUACGAUGUAACGGCCCGGUUUCUUGAUUAUUGCAAUGGGUUGAAACCCGGUUUUGUGGCUCAGCUCAAUAAGUUGAUGAGGAAUGGAUAUAAUGAUAACUUCUUUGUUCAGCUGCUUGGGAAGCCAGUUAAUCAGCUGUGGGCUGAUUAUAAAGCUAAAUUUAAUACGAACUGA